CGUAUAUCUACUAUCAAUUCUCGUUAUAGCUGAGAAUUCGAAAUUUUCAUCGUUCACUGACAAUUGAGAUUCUGGAACUUGAAGUUCAAAGCACUUGGAAAGCGCCAAUUUCUGGAAGGAGGACCAGAGAGCAAUUUGGUGAAAUGGAGAAGGACGAAGGGGUACCGAAGGGAUAACGCAGGGUAGCAUUUUGAUCUAGCCGUGCUCUGCCCUGUAGAAGAUUGCAGGCUGAUCGAAAAUUGGCAUUUGCUGUUUUCUGGAGGACAACAUUGAAGAAUUGAACAUUAGCAAACCUUGCUGUGGCUCGCUAGAAUAAAAUUCUAGAAGCAUCUGGUAUGGAACCAAAGGAGGGUACAAACACAAUUCUGCUAUGCCGCCAUACAGACUUUGCUUGAGGGUGGAAGAACUCCAAUCUGGUUGGACUGUGUGAAAGUCGAUUGCAACCCAUGUGUAGCCAUGGCCACCUCCUUGGGAGCGCUGAAGGCUUGGGAGGGCAGUUUGCAAGGGGUUGCUUGGCAAAGAGAAGGGGCAAGGCAGGGGGAAUCAGAAGACAGGAGGUUGCGCAGAACGCUGCAAAGACCAGGAUUUGCUCGCUGCUUUGUCAUUGGAGACUGCAAUUUUCAGACGCAAUGUCUGCAUACCAGACGUGAUAAACUUUAUGGAGGGCAAUUGAGGCACAGAAGCACGGGUCGUGCCCAGAAGAUACGGUCAUCAAGACUGAAAACUACUGUUGCCUCAGCAUUUCUCCAGCAUGAGCACAAAAAACCUCAGACACAGCAACCUUCCCAACCCCAGCGAUUCCUUCAGCACUUCAAAGCCCUUUUAGCCCUCACUCCCCAGCGCAAGUCAAUCGUGCUGCUCAACGUCCUCGCCUUCAUUGAUGGAGCAACUGCAGUGGUCAUCAAGGCAACGGAGCUAAACACCGGGUCCGAAGAAGCCCCCGCCGCAGGGACCAGCCUCAUGUUCUUCGUCCGGGUCAUGGUCGGCCUCCUUGCGUUCGCCCCCGCCCUUACACACCGCUUCAACACAGAGGCAGCAGCAGCCGCCAGCUCCUCUGCAGAAUUGCUGACAUCACCGCUGUCGUCUGCGCCGGCCCUUUCACCAGGUUCAGCAACCGGGGGGCUGGGAUUGCCCAUGGUGGAAACCCCCCAGAACGUUGUCGGAGCAGUAGCCAACAGCAGGGGAGUAGCAGGUACUUUGAAAGAAGUGAGAGAGGAAACGGCGGGUGCUUGGGAGACGCUCUAUUGGCCGGGGAUGCUCUCGGGCGUGUUUAUGUUCCUGGGAGAUGCAGGGCAGGCUCUGGGAUUGGAAACGAGCACCGCAGACCACGCCGCGGUGUUGCUGACAGGCUCGGUCAUUCUCGUUCCUUUUCUGGAGGCGUUCAGCGGGCGCAAGAUCGGUGCGCCCGUCUGGCUGUCAGCGCUGCUCGCGACCGCAGGCAUGCUUUUGCUCGAGCAAGGGUCCGACAUAGCCACUACCGUUAGCGAGGUCCCCUGGCACUAUGCCCCCACCCACAUCCUCCAAUCCAUACCAAUAGGCGAUUGCUGGUGUCUCACCAGCAGCAUAGCAUUUGCGCUGUACAUGGUUCUUUCUGAAGAGCAGUGCGUGCGGACAGACCCCCUGAAGCUGGCCGCCGUCCAGCUGGCAACCACCGUCGUGCUGUCAGCACUCUGGGAAGCCUGGGACCUGCACCAUAAUGGCGGAGGCGCAGGUGGCGCGCUGCUGUUGCGACACCUGGCAGCCAUGCCGUGGGCUGCUGUCCUCUUCGUGGGCAUCAUCGGAACAGGACUCGCGUCGUGGAUGGAGCUGGCGGCGCUCCAAACCGUCAACUCGACCACAGCCACCUUGGUGUACACUACCGGCCCCUUGUGGAGCGCAAUUCUCGCGUAUUUCGCGCUGGGGGAGACCAUGGAUGCCGUCUCAUGCGGAGGCGCCGCCCUGAUACUACUCGCAAGCAUAGGUACCCAGGUCUUCGCGCCGCCGAAAACGCUUCGAACGGGACGGGCCUUGGCGCACCCGUUAGGAACCACAGUGGAGACUAGCAAAGAUAGUCAAAGCGAGGCUGGUAGAGUAGCGGUCAGAAAUGAGGAGCAACCCGUAACGAGCACGCCGGUAGACAGUUUCGUAGAGCUUGUCCAUAAGGUAGCGGAAACGCGAAGUAGCCGGUGGGCGCCCAAUUUGAAGUUACUUCCGAUCAGGGCGAUCGUGAGAGGCCGCGGAUCAUCAGCAGGAAAGAAAUAGUGCCACGACUUCGGAAGUUCUUUCGCAGAUAGAAAGGCGUUAGGCAUAACCCUUUUUGUUGGAUACACAAGCAAGCACAAUGCAGCCGCAAAGAGUUGUGGUUCAGAAUAAUGUACCAUGGGACGAGAGGGCUAGAUUGAGAAUUGGUCAUCAUGUAGAUGUAACAUGGAGGAGUUUGUAAUUGCUCAACCUCUUAAUCAGGGCCUGCAUCGCAUACUAGCCUUGUCUCAACGUACCUUCAAACCUCUUCAGAAGUACGGUAAUCACUUCAAUGUGCAGCUUACACAAGCAGUUGCAGGCCGCAC